GUUUUAAUCGAAAUUGGGUGGAUACCGAAUCAAUGUGAGAGAGAGAGAGAGGAAUUAAAAAGCAGCGAUAAAGGAAUCGCGCGAUAAGGCAGUUGAGACUUGAGCCGUGUGAGAUUUUAGGAGAGACGGAGGAGGAUGGAGAAUCUAUGGCGAAUCGCGACGGGUCAGGAUCCGAACCGGGAGGAUUACGAAGGAAUCGAGUUCUGGUCCAACCCAGAACGAUCCGGGUGGCUCACGAAGCAAGGCGAUUACAUAAAGACCUGGCGCCGGCGCUGGUUCGUGCUCAAGCGAGGGAAGCUUCUCUGGUUCAAGGAUCAAGCCGCCGCAGGAACACGUGGAUCUACGCCGCGUGGUGUGAUCUCCGUCGGUGAUUGUCUCACCGUCAAAGGAGCUGAGGACGUCGUAAACAAGCCGUUCGCGUUUGAGCUGUCGAGCGGUAACUACACCAUGUUCUUCAUCGCCGAUAACGAGAAGGAGAAGGAAGAGUGGAUCAACUCUAUUGGAAGGUCGAUUGUGCAGCACUCGAGGUCUGUGACUGAUUCUGAAGUCCUCGAUUAUGAUCACAGGCGGUGAUUUUGGCCUCUCAAUCUCUCUUAUGGUUUUUUUUUUCUCUUCUAUGCAAUGUUUGAUUUUGUCUCACUCUCGCCUGAAAUGUAACACUCUUUGUGUCUCUGCUUACUUAUUGUACCUUGAAGUUGAUGUAUGUAUGCCUCAAGUUCUAGAUCGAAUAUUCGAAUGUCUCUUUGUUAUGAUUUCUCCUUGAUGAUCUUUAUCUUAUUCGAUUCAGUGAGUUCCUCUUAUCUUACCUUCGGAACAAUUUUGUCUGUAUAAAGUUCGAUCUAUUUGCUUCACUUUUGAUCUAUUCAACAACUCUUGUGGUUUAUGUGUUUUUGUUUUUGUCGACUCAAAAAGUAGAGGUCUGUGUAGGGUUUCUGAAGGAGGAUUUGGUCUCUGCGACGGUUGAUCUACCAAAGCGCAUCAUCCACGAACAAGAACAAGAAUCCGAAAUUUGAGAAACGGAGAGUCAACAUGUGAUUUACUGGUGUUGAAGACUUGUUGUAUCAAGUGUGAUUAGUUGAUCAGAAUGAAGAAAGAGAGAGACAGAGAUGCAAUAAAGUAGCUUUCUUUGGGUUGUGGAUCCCACUCUAUAAUGUCGGCCAUUAUUUUUGCUCUAUUGCUAAGAGCCUGAGGAGGGAAGAAGAAAAGCUGUCUGUUGUUAGAGAUGAGAAACACAGAGCUCAUCUUCAUCCCAACACCAACUGUUGGUCGCAUCUUGUUCAGUUUCUUGAAUUUGCUAGGCGUCUCAUUGACCAGGAUGUUAGGAUCCAUAUCACCAUCCUCUUGAUGAACCUGCAAGGUCAGUCUCAUCUGGAUACAUAUGUUAAUUCAAUUGCCUCGUCUCAGCCCUUUGUUAGAUUCAUUGAUGUCCCUGAGUUAGAAGAGAAACCAUACACUUGGUACUACUCAGUCUGUGGAAGCCUAUGUACGAUGUUAUUGAGAGAAAUAUCCCUCUAGUGAGAAAUAUAAUUAUGGGUAUCUCUUAUUAUCUCCUGCACUGGAUGAUGGAGUUACGGUCAAGGGAAUAGUUGCUGAUUUUUUCUGUCUCCCCAUAAUUGACGUUGCAAAAGAUGUAAGUCUUUCUUUUUAUGUGUUCUUGAGUACAAACUCCGGGUUCCUAGCUAUGAUGCAGUAUCUAGCAGAUCGACAUAGUAGAGAUAUCUCGGUUUUUGUAAGAAAGUCUGAAGAAAUGGUGUCAAUUCCUGGCUUUGUAACCCUGUCCCUGUCAAAGUUCUCCCAUCAGCUCUGUUUUUCGAAGACAGUUAUGAUGCUUAUGUUAAACUAGCAAUCUUGUUUACCAAGGCCAAUGGAAUCCUUGUGAAUAGCUCCUUUGAUAUCGAGCCUACCUCUGUGAAUCAUUCUUAAUGAACAGAAUUACCCUUCUGUUUAUGCUGUUGGACCCAUAUUUGACUUAAAGGCCCAGCCUCAUCCAGAUCAGGACUUAGCCCAUGGUGACGAGUAUAUGAAAUGGCUUGAUGAUCAGCCAGAGGCAUGGGUUGUGUUCCUCUGCUUUGGGAGUAUGGGCAGGUUAAGAGGUCCUCUGCUGAAGGAAGUAGCUCUUGGACUUGAGCUAUGUUAGUACAGAUUCCUCUGCAGAGCAGAUCCAUGCUUAAUGAUAUACGGGUCAAGUGACACUCCUUAUAUUUUUAAUAUUCAUGUUUAACCUCUUGUAAUAUAUGAUAACGGUAGUAUGCUUUCUUGCAUUGCA